AUGUCUCUAGCUCGACUGAAGGGCGCCACUGCUUAUCUCGUCGACUCCCAAGGCAUUAGUACUGAAGCCGCAGCUGAAGACCAAGACGAGGAGGUAGAGUCCCUCCUCAAUAGCUUUGACGUUGACAAUCAGGCUGCCUGUGGCACACUGCGCAUCAGUACAAAUGAAGCUGACACCCUGCCAUCGAAACAUAAAAGGAUGGCUACCACUGUCCCAGCGCACCAUGACCAACUAUCAGCGAGCCUUGAGACAGCCUCGGCAGGUGUCAUCGUUGACACCACUCUUUCUGACUAUCAGCGAUGCAACGAAAACGAUAUCUGGACCGGUAAGGCAAAGCCUCCAAAUGUCCCGCAUGCGACAUAUGGCACUGCACAGAAGAUGCGAGCUGCCAACAUCCAACAAUCCCUGGAAAGCACAUCGGAAACCCAUCACUCUCAGUCACGGUCUCACAAUACAUGGUUAGUCUUCGUCGAAGAAAGGUACGGUCUGGAGAGGCUGUUGAGAGCGAGAGCCAUGGAUGAAGCAACUAUGAAGCAUCUGUGGGAUUUUCUCUGGGCAACACCACGCAAAGAGUAUGGGCCAACAUCUCGCAAGCGAAAGGCUGAAAACCCAGCAGAGUGGGCAGGGUUCGUGAUCCGCAGUAUGCUCCUGCUACUUUAUUUAGUGUCAAUGAUCUGUCUCCUGCGCUAUGAUGAGGCCCUGUGGAUUACUUGGGCGGAUAUCACAUUCCAAGUCAAGGACAACUCAGUUAAAGGAAACUGGCUUGACGCUUCCACCGAACUAUUACUUCAGGGCGAGGGCUUCCGACCUGCUGACUUCCAUGUGAGACUCGAACUACCAUUCAGAAAAACCCAUCAAUAUGGAGGGAUAGCACCGUUUUAUGUGUAUGCUGAUGAGCAACGUCCGUGGAUGUGUUUGGUGCGAACGUUUGCAGUCUGGUGGAUGUUAGCGAGGGAGAGGUGUGAGAAUCUCGAUGGGUUUAUUUUUUGGAAGAAAAUCGGUACCGACAGUAUUAGCGUGAAUCCCACAGACGGCAUGACCUCUGAUGCAUUCCUCGAGUGUUUUUGCAAUAACCUCCUGGAUAUUGGCGUGGACCCACGUCCUUAUGGUACUCACUCCUUCCGACGAGGCAGAUGUCAAUUCUUAUACAAGGUAUGCAGAUGGGACUUUGGGGACAUCUGUGAUUGGGGAGGAUGGGCCGAAAAUUUUGACAAUCCAGGUACGAUCUUCAAGUACCUGCUGUCGUGGAAUGACAAUCCUCGGGAGAAGCGAGAGCACUAUAUGAAUCCUAACAGGCCAAGGAAGACCCUUGCCAUGCUUGUGGUAGAACCUGUCAUUGUGCUUGAGACUGUACUACAUACACUGCAUAGUAAUCAUACAUUUUGA